UUUCCUCUUCGGUUCGCCCUAAACCCCUCCGCGACCUCUCUCCAUGGCCGCCAAGAGGAGGCUCGGCAAGCCGCCGGCGGCGGCGGCUCCAGCGGCGCCGAAGGCCAAGGCGAAGGCAAAUGAAGACGACGCGGAGGGGCUCUUCUCCUCGCGCUCCUUCGCCGACCUCGGGCUCCACCCCACCCUCUGCGCCCACCUCCAAGAUAAGAUGGGUUUCCAGGGGCCGACGCGGAUCCAGGCCCAGGCGAUUCCCGUCACCAUGUCAGGACAGCACCUGCUUGUGAAGGCGGCGACCGGCACUGGAAAGACGCUCGCGUAUCUCGCGCCGAUCGUCCACCUUCUCCAGAUGAGGGAGCCUCGUGUCGAGAGAACUCAUGGAACUUUUGCGUUGGUAAUUGUUCCGACGCGAGAGCUGUGCUUGCAGGUUUAUGGGAUUGCACAGCAGUUGGUGCAUCGUUUUCACUGGCUUGUCCCUGGGUAUGUAAUGGGUGGUGAGAGUAGAUCAAAAGAGAAAGCAAGACUGCGGAAAGGAAUAUCGAUCCUAAUUGCCACUCCUGGGCGCCUUCUGGACCACUUACAGCAUACUUCAUCAUUUGUUUAUUCAAAUUUGCGCUGGAUAGUUUUCGAUGAAGCUGACAGCAUUCUUGAGCUUGGUUUUGGAAAAGCAGUCGAGGAUAUACUAGGGCUCUUGGGUUCCAGGACCGAUGCUUCUGAUGAGAAUAAAAGCAAAACCGACCCUAUGCAAAGGCAAAACCUUCUCUUAUCAGCAACUCUCAACGAAAAGGUGAACCGCUUAGCCAACAUUAGUUUGAAGAACCCAGUGAUGAUUGGACUUGAUGAACAAAAGAAGCCUUCUGAGAGGUCCAGUGCCCUAGGGAAGAAGCACACUUCCUUAUUAUCCGACGAUGAGGAGGAAAUACCUGACAAGCACAACAAUAUAGCGGAACCCGCGGUUGAUGAUUUUAAGCUUCCUGCACAAUUGGUUCAAAGAUAUGUUAAAGUUUCAUGUGGUUCGAGGCUUGCAGUUCUUCUGACCAUUCUGAAAUCUCAAUUCGAAAGACAAGUGUCCCAGAAGGUUGUUGUUUUCAUGUCAACAUGUGACGCUGUAGAUUUCCACCACACUGUACUCAGCCAGCUUGAGUGGAGCCGUGGCCUCGCAUUAGAUACAGAUAAGAAGCAAAAAUUUCUUGGCUGCAAAGUGUUCCGUUUACAUGGUAACAUGGACCAGGAAGACCGCAAAAAGUCAUACUUGGGAUUCAGUUCUGAUAAAUCUGCAAUUCUUGUGUGUACUGAUGUUGCUGCCAGAGGCUUAGACAUUCCGAAAGUUAGGUGCAUCAUACAGUAUGAUUCACCUGGGGAAGCUUCUGAAUAUGUUCACAGGGUUGGAAGAACUGCAAGGAUUGGUGAAAAGGGGGAGGCCCUCCUGUUUCUCCAACCUGUUGAACUUGACUACUUGAAAGACCUAGAGCUACAUGGUGUAUCUCUGACAGAAUACCCCUUCCAAAAGGUUUUAGACGGUUUCCCUGUGAAUGGGGAGAAGCCUCUCAAGAGGAAGCCAAUAUCUUUAGAUAUGCACCCAUGGAUACUCUCUGUACAGAGAACGCUGGAAAAUUACGUCGCAUCUGAGGCCACAACAAAUAAGCUUGCCAGGGAUGCCUUCUGUUCCUGGCUUCGCGCUUACACCGCCCACCGAGGCGAGCUGAAGAAGAUCUUCAUGGUGAAGAAGCUCCACCUGGGGCAUGUGGCGAGAAGCUUCGGGCUGAAGGAGCAGCCCUCGCUGGUCGGGAGGUCGCACCAGGUGCAACUCAAGAAGAGGAAGAAAGAACAGAAACGCGAAGGGCAAGGACCAACCAAACGGAGAAAAUUCCCCACCAAGAAGUGAAUCCCCAUAUGGCAAUAGAAGAUCGUCACACAGUGAGACAGGACCUGAUGGAUGGUGGAUCAUGAAACUAACAGCAGCAGCGAUUUUGCAAGAAACUCACCAGAGCUAGACAACUAAUUUACUGUGCAACCACAGGAUUUUGUUACGUUUCCUUGGAUGUAAAAUGUUUGAUUAUCUUUGAUCAUAACUCUUGUUUGUCAAAUCCUCA